AGGUAAGCUGGGUCUAUAUUUUUAUAAAAAAAAAUGUAGACCUUGCUUUUCCUGUAUAGCUUUCCUGAGCAUGUAGUCAGUAAAGUCAGAAGGGGUUCUUUUGGGCAAAAUAACUGUAGCAUUAGGUUGGCUAGUUUUCAAAACAUGCAGGCUGCUUUAUGGCCGCUUUUUUGUAGCCUCCUAUGUUAGAGUAGCUUCUCAGCUAAUACUCUAGUUUGGUUUGAGUUAGCACUCGUCACUUCAGUUAUUUGUGUGCAGGUCGGCUUUAUCGGCCGCCUGACACUGUUUGCUUGUAGCGCUUCAUUUUCUCCUCAUAUUUGAAGGAUUCAAAAUGGAGCCCAAGCUUUGCUUGGCCCAGUAGGCCUUAGCUAGCGGCUAGGCUAGAGCUAGGUUUAGGUGCUUGUUUGUUACAUCACUCUUAUUGUUACUAUCCCUAUGAGGUUGUAUAGUUCCUAGUUCUGGCCUCCUCCUGAGGGAGUUGCUGGCCGUAUGCCCAUUUCCCCUUUGAUAUUAUGUAGGUGCUAUGGCUGAGGUUAACAGCUAAGGUUAUAGGUUUUUAUUAGCCUUCCUGGUGCUGUUUUUCCCAGGUGUUAGGCCCUUAUCUUUGAGAAGAUAAGUUAUGCAUUACUGCUAGGCCCACUUUGUAGAACUUUGUCAUGCUUAUAAUGUCUUCGCAUGAGCCCCUUGAAUUAUAUUAAAGUUUGAGUAUAUGGUGCUAAAUGUUUUUAGCUUUCGUUCUCAAGGGUUCAAUACAGAUCUCAGAUCUGUUUUGUGAAAACAUUAAUCCUGUUUGGAAGGCAUGUAUUACAAAGCAUUUACCUUUGCUUUGGGUUCUAAGCUUUAGCCCUACAUACUUUCAUAUAUGUGAGCUUACUCUAGUGCUGCCACAGGUUAGCACCUGGUUCCGUGAUAGCAGGCUGUGAUUAGCCUCUAUCUAAGAAUGUGGUGUUUUGUUGUACUCCCCGGUUAGGGUUUGUGUUCCACUGAGUGCAUCACCUGUUGGAUUGCACACUCAGGUUGAGUGUAGAGAGUCUUAUUCUGGUUAGAAUAGUAUGAUCUCUGUUAGCUCCCAUUCGAUUAUGACCACAGCAGCUGUUUUACAUAUACUGUUAAGUCUGUUGGCUCUUUUUGAUAGCCUCUUUCUGAGUACAGCUUGUAUCUCGGGCACUGUUGGUUUACGAUCGCAAGUUUGCUCACGUAUCUUAGCACUGCCUCAGGCUUAUGCUCAUGUUUGUUUGAGGUGGUAGGCCAUGUGGGCCUCCCUUAGACCAUGAUAGCAUGUUUAUUUGUACCAUGUACAUUGCCUGUUGGAAUAUGUAGGCUUAGCUCAGGUUGUGUAGCUAGUUACCCACAAUUGGCUUGUUGGGUCUAGAGCUGGUCCCCUUUGAGCUUGGUCCCUAUUUAUGACCUCUGGCUGGCGCCACAUGGUGCUAAAAGUAGUAGGCCCUGCCAGGCCUCCUUUUCAGUUUUUAUGUUGGCCCAGCUGGUUUGGUUAUAUUUAGACUAAUUUCUAUGGUUGAGUCUCGUUUGCUGACUCACACCGCCAUCGGCCACUCCCACCUCUGUAGAGUAGGCCCUAGGUCAGGCCUCUCAUAGAGCACUGUGGCACAGUGUGUACUCCUCUUAUCCAAGUGUUAAGGUGUCUUAUUGAGUACUUGGCCUACUGGCUGGUUUAGUCAUGAAGCUACCACUGGCUGAUGCCAUGUGUUCAUGGAGGUUGAAGGCCCCACAAGGGCCUCCUUUCAGUUUGCAUGUUGGCACAGUUGUGUGUUGGUUUCUAUGUGACUCAUCACCAUGGAUGGGUCGUGAUUGCCACUAGCUGACGCCACGUGUUUCGAGUUGUAGGCCUUUGCAGGCCUCCUAUGUAUCAUGCUGGAGCUGGGCUGUGUACUCCUCUCGUUUGAGAGUAAAAGGUGCUUUUACUGAGUACAUGUUCUGAGUGGUUUCCUCUCAGGGUGAGUUCUUGUGUUAAAACCAGCUGGUUGUUCGGUUUUAUGCAUUUACUUCCUUGAGCAUGGUCUCCUUUAGCUCUGGUUGAGCUAAGUAGUUACCUUGUUUUUAACUCGGUUCUAUUUUGCUCCUAGAACUUUAGUGGCCGCUAGCUGACGCCGUGUGUGACAGGUAGGCCCUCAGGGCCUCCUUUUGGAACAUGCUGGCAUGUACCUUUUACAUUUCUUUUAUAUUCUUUACUGAAGACCGUAAAAGGGACUUUAUGUUGCUGGCUGGCCAGGGCUCCGGUUGACUUAUUAACCUCCCUUGUAGUCGGUUUUUUUCUGCCUGGAGCUUGAUAACACUGCCACGAGCUGAUGCCACGUGUCUGUGGUUAUAGAUUACGUGUGAGGUUAUAGGCCCAUGGGGCCUUCUUUAGCACCUGAUGGUGUACACUGUACUCCUCUUGCUUAAAGAGUAAAAAGGUUCUUUACCGAGUACACUGCUCGCUGGAUUGUGUUGGAUGGACUGUUUUGUGGGCACUCACAGCUACUUAAUUACAUGGUUGGUCGUGCGCCCAGCAUGUUAUGUUUUCAGGUGAGUGGCCUUAUGGGCCACCCUGGAAUACCGCCAUGCGGUUUGAGUUUCUGCUGUGAUAUUUAGUUCUUCUUCUAGAACUUUAGUUAUGUUGAAAGCCCUUUUUUCCGGCCUCCAUGACUAUGUGCCUACAGUAUGGUCUGUCUGUUAGGUUGAGCUUCGUACUUCCCUUUGGGUUGACUGUGUAAUUGUGCUUAGCUCCCUAAGCUGGUCAUUGGUUGUAGACUUCUAUGAAGUCUCCCGUUGAGACCAGCCUUAGGCUGGUUUGUGCUCCCCUGUACCAGGGUUUUUCUAGCGCACAGCCUCCUCAGUGCUUUAAUCAGACACUGAGUAGAUCCUAGGAUGAGCGGAUUAUACUCCCCUCAAUACGAGGGUUUAUAGCGCUCAGCUGAGUUCUGCUCUCCAGGAUGCCCAUUUCUUAGUGGCCGCUAGCUGACGCUGCGUGUGACAGGUAGGCCCUCGGGGCCUCCUUUGGGAACAUGCUGGCAUGUACCUUUUGCGUUUCUUUGACAUUCUUUACUGAAGACCGUAAAAGGGACUUUAUGUCGCUGGCUGGCCAGGGCUCCGGCUGACUCAUUAACCUCCUUUGUAGUCGGUUUGUUCUGCCUGGAGCUUGAUAACACUGCCACAAGCUGAUGCCACGUGUCUGCUGAGGUUAUAGGCCCAUGGGGCCUUCUUUAGCGCGUGAUGGCGUACGCUGUACUCCUCUUGCUUAAAGAGUAAAAGGUUCUUUACCGAGUACACUGCUCGUUGGAUUGUGUUGGACGGACUGUUUCGUGGGCACUCACAGCUACUUAAUUACUUGGUUGGUUGUGCACCCAGCAUGCUAUUUUCAGGUGAGUGGCCUUAUGGGCCAUCCUGAAAUACCACCAUACCAUUUGAGUUUCUGUGUGAUAUUUAGUUCGUUUUUAAGAACUUUAGUUAUGUUGAAGGCCCUUCUUCCGGCCUCGAUGACUAUGUGUCUACAGUAUGGUCUGUCUGUUAGGUUGAGCUUCGUACUUCCCUUUGGGUUGACUGUGGUCAUUGGUUGUAGACUUCUAUGAAGUCACCCGUUGAGACCAGCCCUAGGCUGGUUUGUGCUCCCCUGUACCAGGGUUUUUCUAGCAGACAGCCUCCUCAGUGCUUUAAUCAGACACUGAGUAGAUCCUAGGAUGAGCGGAUUAUACUCCCCUCAAUAUGAGGGUUUAUAGCGCUCAGCUGAGUUCUGCUCUCCAGGAUGCCCUUCUCUGCGCAUGGGUUUGAGCUGCUCACUGCUCUUUCGCAGUCGCUCUUACCUGCUCUCUUCCCUGAAGAAUGCGCUUUGGAGAUUCUGUGUAUCAGACAGGGCUGGCCCAGACUAAGUUUGGCUUUCGCCAGAUUAGUGCGGCCUCCUUGGUGGCGCUGAGGGUGACUUUGUUCCCUUCUAGUGACUGGCCAGGGUUCCUUUUUGGUUUCCUGGCCACAUUCCCUUUAAGGGACAACUUUCCACGGAAUGCUGGUCCCAGAUGCUUUGAGCAGCCUUGGAAGGCUUUCUGCGGAAGGCCUCUUUUAGGCUCAGCUUGGGCUGUUGGCCGUAGGGAAUGCUGUCACUGACAGCCUUGCGUGACCCGAAGGGGAGUUGCUCCCGGCAUUUCUCUGGAACUGCCGGAUGUUUGUCUGGUCAUUUGGCAUGCACUCUCCUUUAGCAUGGCGGCGUAGGUAUAUCGUUCCCCAUAGCGGUAAACGCAGAGUUGAAGUUCCCUUUCGAAAGGGAACGUCUCAGGUUACGUAUGUAACCAUGGUUUCCUGAGAACAGGGAACGAGACUCUGCGUUGCCCUGCCAUGCUUCGGGCUGCCUGCUGAACAGUCCCUCAAGAUGAGUAGGUGUCGACUGCUUCCUCAGGCGCUCCCUUUAUACUCCGGGUUCGCACUAUGAUGACGUCAUAGGCUGUCGCCGGCCAAUAGGAUUGGAGUGGUGUGAUUCUUUGGCAUUCGGACACCUGUCACGAGUGACGGUUCCCCAUAGCGGUAAACGUAGAGUCUCGUUCCCUGUUCUCAGGGAACCAUGGUUACAUACGUAACCUGAGACAUUUUCAUUGGUCAGUUUACUAUUGGAUAUCUUUAUUGGCUACCAAUAUGCCGGUCAAACGUUUCAAUAUUAAUUCAACAUUAAUUCAGGCGUACUCAGUAACAGAAUGUGAUUUUACAAGUAGCGAAGUACUUAAGUACUUAAUUUGUAGCUUAAUUUGUACUUAAGUACAAGUACAAGUAAAAUUACAGAUUUAAAAAUGAACUAAAAAAAGUACAAAAACCUGAAAAAACUACUUACAGUUACGUGAGUAGUUGUAAUUCGUUACUUCCACCUUCACUUCAGAGGAACAUCUGAUGGAAUAUAUAUAUAUAUAUAUAUAUAUAUACACUUUUAUUUUUGGCUCAAAAACAACCCAACAUAUUCACACACAAAUUCAAGACCCCUGCUACAACUACACUGUGCUGAACGAUACAUGGAGGUCCAUCAAUAAUACAUAUUCCUUCCCCAUGUGCGACACCUCUGUCACCUGGAGCGGCUGGUAUCGUCUCUUCAUUAACAACAUGAAUGCUCAGAUCCCAGACAUGUGUGUUGCUCAGUAUAUCUGUGGCACUGUUGUACCAAUGUGGCUACGUGGUGGACACCCAACAGUUGAGGAUGGAAUCAUCAGCCGAGAAGUCUGUGGUCACUUGAACAAUUACUGCUGCUAUUACGGGUCUUAUCCCAUUAAAGUCAAAGCCUGUCCAGACAAUUAUUAUGUCUAUGAGCUGGUUAGACCACCUAUCUGCAAUUCAGCAUACUGUGCAGUUCCUUUACCACCGGUCACUUCCACAACAUCUACAAGUCAUACUUCUACAGAUCUGAUUAUCACACUGAUGGAAGACUGCAGGAGUCAGACCACAGGACGAUGUGUAGAAAAUCUUCUUGACCGGAUAGAGAACAUUACAACUAAUGUGCUCCCAUUGACCGAUGUGAAAACUAUUUUGGAUAUGGUCCUCAACGCUUCAGAGAAGGUUUUAGAGUCAUCAUCAGCUGACCCAAAUAAACUGGUGUCAGAUGGAAACCGUGUGUUAAAAGCCAGCGAGAAGCUUGUGUCCAUGUUGGUGAUGCAGACAAACACAACCGCUAAUGUCAGUUUCACUCUUGACAAUGUGGAGGUAGAAGUCUUCAUGGUUGGACCAAAUGUCACCUUAGAUAAAAUUCCUCGACUUGACACGACAAAUUCUUCUGUGGACAUUGAUCUCAUUGGAAUCGCCAGGAACAACAAUGAAACAAGAUCAGCUGCUGUGACUUUCAUGAGCUACAACUCAAUGGAGAAUCUACUGAAGCCCGACUUCUUCAACACAUCAGAUGACACGAUUAAAACCAUGAUGUCCACUGUGAUCUCAGCUACUCUUCACAAAACCACCAACACUAAACUCAUCAAACCAGUCAACUUCACCCUCAAACACAUCAGAGAGUUCGACCCCAGCGGUUCUCUGUCCUGUGUGUACUGGAAUAUCAGCGAGUGGAUUGUAGAUGGUUGUUCUGUUUUAAAGACCAACAGCAGCUACACUGUGUGUUCCUGUGUCCAUCUGUCGACAUUCGCUCUCAUCAUGCAAACCAGCAGACCACCAGAGAGCGACUCACUGCUGGAUUUGUUGAAUUUGGUGUGUGUGAUCGUGGGGCUGGUGUUCUUCAGUUUGUCCCUGUUGACCUUUGCCCUUUGUCAGUGGAGUCCUAGAGUGAAUAACGUGGCUCGAAUCAACAUCUGCAUCAGUCUUCUGCUGGCUCACCUUCUGUUCCUGCUCACACAACAGUUCCUGAGCCUCAUACGCCCUCAUCAGGUGUUGUGUGCUGUGAUAUCAGGUGUGCUGCACUUCCUCUUUCUCUCUGGCUUUAUGUGGAUGUUCAUUGAAGCUGUGCUGCUCUUCAUCUGUGUGAAGAACCUAUCACAGAUCAGCUCCAUUAAUAGGGAGGUGCUUAGCAGUGGAUUCCUGUGUGUGAUUGGAUAUACGGUUGCUCUGGUUGUAGUGGCCGUGUCUGCUGUGGUGGGUCCUAAGGGCUACGGAAGUGAAAUGUGCUGGAUUAAAAUUGAUAAAGGCUUCAUCUGGAGUUUUCUGGGACCUGUUUGCAUGAUACUAACAUCAAACACGAUUCUCUUCCUCAAAAUCAUCAUCAUUCUGAACUCAACUCUCAGAAAUCUCAAUGCUGAAGUUUCACAGUUGAAACAAACCAAAAUUAUUGUAUUUAAAACUCUGGCUCAGUUUGUGGUUCUUGGUUGCUCCUGGAUUCUGGGUUUCUUCACUAAUGGCAGGAAGGAGCUGGAGAUCAUCUUCCUGAUCUUGAACUCCCAGCAGGGAACCUUCAUCUUCCUGAUCUAUUGUGUCCUUAAUAAUGAGAUCAGACAGCAGUACAGGAAGUUCUUCAGAUGUCUUUGCUGUGGACCCAAAAAACACUGAGGACUAAAGCAUCAUGAUCGGGAAAUAAAAUGUACUGCUGAAGUGAUUUUAUAUGACAGAAUCAAUGUUUUUGGAUGUUAAUUGUCAUAGUCACCGCUCCUUUCUGCAAAUGAUAGAAAAACAUGUUAUACGAGUGUCUAAUUUUAUAGCUGUUAAUACUAUUGAUGUGAAGCUCAUAAACUGUUUUAUUCAGUCUUUUUUAAACACACAGGAUUUUCUCAUUAGAGGGUGAAAAGCAUAUUUUUACAGAUUCCUCAAAAUAAUCAAACUUAAACAUUUUACAAGUAAAUCGUCACACACUCACACCACCAAAGACUCUGUUUGUUUUCGUUCACUGUUUCUCCUUGCCUUGUUUGUCAUCAUGGUCACUGAUUUGAUUUCAUGUCAUUGUGUUCAGGUGUGCUAGUGUCAUUAUCCCUCCUAUUAAAGUUCAGCUCAGUUUGUUUGUCUUUGACGGAUUUCGUCAGUGUUAAUGUUGUGUUGAAACUGCCUAUUGGUGUUGGAUCUUACCUUGUGAUAUUCUGUAGUGCACCAGAAUAUGGAGACGAAGAGAUAGGCUACUGUAUAUUUGAUGUGUAUUUAUUAACAGCUGUUUACACGGGAACACACGAGCUGGAUCUGCCACCAAACACAGGCAACAACAACACUGCUUACGCUGAGAGAUUCAGCCACUUGUUGCACAAGCAUGCCUUCUAGUGGUCACACUCCCAACUAACAUUAUACUUCAUUACAACCUAGUGGAUUAAAUAAGCCUGUUAUAUAUCAUCUAUGUCUUUGUAUUUGUAUGACAUGAAUGUUAGCAAAUUAAAAAAAAACAAAAAAAAAAAAA